GUAACGGACAAUUGGUCCAUGUGAUAUUGUCAAAUCACCAUGAAUAGAAAUAAUACUUCAAAAAAUAUCUUACACGUGAAAAAAAAUAUUAAUAGUAAUUUAAAAUGUGUUUCUAAUAUUAUUCAUAACUAUUUAAUUGAUGUGAUAGAAAACAAUGUAUCUUAUAUUAAUCGUUUAUUUCCAUUUUUUGGGCAAAAAACUUCAGUAUUAUUGUUUUGUAUAAAUAAUUCGGAAAAUAGCUUAAUAAAAAAGAUAGAAAAUUCUGAUAAUGAAUCAAAUCAUGAAUCAUGCUUAGACCUGACAGGAUCUCCUUUAAAACAUUCAUUUGGUGAUGAUAGUUUUACUAUAACAAUAACUCCAAUGAAAAGAAACUGGUUAGAAAAUGAAGAAGAAUAUUCACCAAUUCCAAGAAAGAAAGGAAUAGAACUGUUAAAUAUUCUUCAAAAAAAUAUUGGUUUCGAUAAAAGUUGGACUUCACCUAUUUUUGCACUUUGUAAUCCAAAAAUGGAAAAUACUAAAAAUGUAUUAAUAGGAUCUUUCUAUAAUUCUGAAUGGUUCAUGACAUUUGAUGUCAAAGUAUCGGGCAUAGAAUCGUUAAAAAAUCUUCAAACUGAAUAUGCUGGAUUAUUGAAAAAGCAUUUAGGGAGCUCAUCUUAUACUGAUGUUAAUAUAUCGGUUACUAGUUUUUAUGAACUUUAUGGAAUAAAUCAUAAAAUGUUUGGUUGGAGGAAAGAACAAACCAGAGACUCUAAAGGAUAUUUACAGAUUGAAGGCCAAUGGAAUUCUUUAUCAUUUUUUCCACCAUUAACAACACAUUCUAACAAUCUAGAUGCAGAAAUAAUAAGCGGAUCUACAUCAAGUUCACUGAAUGAUUUAUGGAAUCAGCUAUCAAUACUUCAUGAAUUUAUUUCAAUGGUUGAUGAUUAUCAUAAAAGAUAUUUAAGUUCUAGAUACAGCGUGCAACCUUUAAUUUUUCCAAAAAACUUUGUCAAUCCUUAUUUUCAAGAUGAAGAUAGUGUUAGAGAUAGACUUAUUCGGUUUUUAAUGGGAGACUAUUAUACUGAAAAUAAUAAUAAAAACCAAAAUGAAGAGUGUUCGGUACAAGAUGUUAAUGACAAAGACUUUCAAUUAAUAACUUUUGUGAAAGAAUUAUCUCAAAGACAAAAUCUCGAUUUUACAGAUGAAUUUUGGCAGAUUGUUAGAUGUGCUGAUUCAUACAUUCUAAUGACUGAUUGUGUACACGAAGUCUUUGAAUCUAUAACACAUCAUAAUUUCAAGCCUGAGUUUAAUUCAAUGGAAGAUACCAGGUUUGCGAAAAUGGUAUCAGCAGUUUUUGAUGAACAAAAAGUAUCUUUACAUGCAGGAUCUAUAUCCAUGGAAUUGGUAAUUGAUAUGGGAAUGGAAAAGAUUACCAGAGAUUAUAUAUAUUUAUUGUCAAACAUGAAUAUCAUGGAUAUGUAUGAUUUGAAGAACAUGUUAGAUGAUGUGUCAACUGGAGAAUUCGAAGUAAAUAAAUAUCGAAAAAAAUUAAAAACUCUAAUGCAAAUCCAUGUAUCUCUUGAAUUUCUUGAACUUAUUCAACGACAAUUGAAUUGUCGUUAUGAUAUUUUACAAAAAAUAUUUGAAACAGCUUUAAAAACAUUCAGAGGAUCACCAUCGCUUAUUGAUUUUACAGAUUUAUCAGAUCCACAACUAUAUACAUUUAGUAUGCCAGCACCUGAAGAAUUUAUGGCAGAAGUGAGAAACAGAGCACCUUCAUCAUGGAUGUGUACAUUAUCUACGGAAAAAAAAAUUGAAAAGAAAACUACUAUAUUUCACUACAGCCGUGUGCCAAUAUUUCCACCCAAUGUGUAUAUGCCAGAUGAUUUAGACAAAAGCGAAAUUGUUAAUGAAGAAAUGUAUCAUGCCACAGUUGCCAAAAUUAACCACUUCAAACAUUAUCGAUAAAUUAAUGUAUCUAUAUUUUAUAAGCCAAUAUUUAAUCAAUUGUUAGAAAUGUCUGC